AACGCCGCGUCAGCGGGCGAGCAGCCGCGAGUCGCAGACAACCGCUACGCUACGCGGCCCGCACGAACUCUAGUCGUGUCCACGGCGUCAACCGAAUUGCACGCGCCGCUCUGUUCGAACCGGCCGGCUCCCGAAUAAUGUUUCAGUGUUUGACAAACUCAAUCGGAGGUCUCGGAAGAAGUAUCGUAUUUAAUAAUUUACACUGUAUAACCGACCGCAUAUUCUCAGUGAGUGUCACGCAGUGUGUACGGAAAAAACUUUGUCGAAGAUUCUGAAGAAUCUUGUGUAAAAUUGUGUAAUUCAGCCGGCCGCGGCCGGAUCGCGUUUUGCACAAAACUUUUUUGACGGUGUGCGUUGAACCCAUCGCGCGCAUCGUCCCUGUGAUAAGAGGGCCCUGUGAUAUCGACGAGUUCGUCUUAGCUUUAAACUAGUUAGUCUUUAGUAAUAUAGAAACAAUGGCGGCGCCGUUAGACUCGCAACUACUUACCUUCGACAUUUGGGAAUCUCUCGACGAGGAUUCCAUGAGAUUGACGCAGACGUCCGAGUUCUGGACUCAAGUGCAAUAUGAUUCAGACAGAAUAGACAUAGUCCAGCCGGCGAACUUCUCCGACUCGUAUCAGGAGAGCGAGGAUGACUGGAGGAUAGCUGAGAGUCCGGAGGAUCCUCACAAAGAUAACAUAGUCCACCAUGACUGUAUGUGGGCGGGAUCUUGUGUGGAUUCAGGACAUCCGACGAACACCUUCGUGGCGUCAGACCCCAUACCGGCGACACCUGGACAGAGUCUGCUCAGACGGGACAUUUCGCCGUCUAGACCGGACACUCCACCUUCACUGGACGGAGAUGAACCACCACAGUUCCGUCACACCGUCGAUGUGGCCGCGACGGCUCUUCGGUUGGUGACCGCUGUCGCUGCAGACCACUCCUACACAUUAGCGAGACAGCAUUUCGACUACCUCGGCGUUCAGACUCCCUCUGAUUCCGGCGAAUCAGAGGAGGAAAUAGACGUGGUGUCACUGGGCACGUCACAGCAGCCGUUGGUGUCGGCGACGCACGUGCGCACAGACGCGCUUCCUCGCACACCCUCUGCACAGGAGCGGGAUCACAUCCGACGGACGGUCGAGUCGGCCAUCACGCCGCGAUCGCCGCGCGCCAUCGGCAGGAAGCGACUCGUGCCGCCGCCCGGCAUCACCUCCACCAGCGGCACCCGGCGGCGGGCGCGCGGGCCUGGCCGCAGGGGACGCCGCCCCAACACCGACACGGACUCCGAGGCGGAGUCACCUGAAAUCGAACGCCGCUCCAUACACAAUGACAUGGAGCGACAACGGCGCAUCGGCCUUAAAAACCUUUUUGACGAGCUCAAGAAACAGAUCCCCGCGACGAGAGACAAGGAACGAGCACCCAAAGUGGUCAUACUGCGAGAGGCGGCUUCCCUCUGUCGGAAGCUCAGUCAGGAGGACAUCGAACGGGAGAAGUUGAGGAAGAAACAGAACCAACUGGUGGCGAGGUUGAAAAAGCUCCGCACGAUGCUGUCGCGCUACCGCUCGUACUGAGCGCCGCGGCGGCAUCAGACUGGUUACAGAUUAACCACGCGGCGCGUGACUCGUCACUCGUAUGGACUGGUAACAUAAUGUAUAAGUCGCUUGCGGACCCGUCCGCUCGUUUCGUUCCCCAGCGCGCUAAAGGCGAACACAGCGGUGUGCGGUGUGCACGAUGUCUUUAGGUCGGUCCUGCGGCUCGGCGGGAGUUAGUUAAUGAUAUGUCAGCUUUUACGGCUUACUCUGCUUCUGUGGCGUGACGUCGCCGAUGGCACGGUGGCACGGUGGCACGGCGGUGAAGCAAUAAUCGCGGGUUUGUUUUGCUCAAACGAUAUUUUGCAGUGCCAAAGUGAGCCAUAAAACUGUUGUUAAAGAUAAAUCCUAGGUCUUCAGUAAAAUAUCUUAAUAGUCACAGACUGCUUCGUGAACUAGUAGACUGGUUAUACCUCUAAAAUGUUUUUGAAUUUUAUCAUUAAAAUAUACAUAGGUGACAUAGCGCCUCACAGAUAUACUCCGUGUUGACACAUCGAAAAUGAUAUGACAUAUAUGUUGAUGUACUCGUAUUGUUUCGAACUCGUACUCUCGGUAAAAUAGAAGAUUUUUUACUGGACCUUCCAAUGAUAGUUGUAAGUAUUGACUGUGUGUUAGAUAAACGGUUCGCAUGAGUUUGUCGACGCUGUUGCUGCUGACGGUAGGGCGGCGAGCGCGAGCUUGGCCGUGUAGGAGGCGGCUGGCGGCCCGGCGUCGGCUCGGCGUCGGCACGGCGUCGGCCCGGACACGGGCCAGUCGCCCGGCUGCCAGUCGUCGCUUGUGUAUGGCCACUGAAUAUGUUUUCGGCCCGAUUAGCAAGAUAUCUACUUUUGAACCUCGUAUGGGGUAGUGAUAUGAAAUAUUAUUCUUUUAUUGUAACUUGAUAUUAUUUGUAAGUUUAAACUGCAUUUUAGAUUAGUGCGCUUACGGAUUUUUUUGUAGUGUUUUGUUAUUUUGUAAAUUUUAACACUUUUUAAAUACGUUUUUUUCUACAUAGUAUCGCGAUUAACUGUUGUACACUAUCUUUUAUUCGAUAAAUUGACCAUUGUAAUGACGAUUGGGGUGAUCGAUGUGAUUUUUGUAAAAAUUAUGGUUUGCACAUUUGGCUUAGAUAAAAUUACACUUAACAUAGGGUGUAUACUGUAUACUGUAUAGUGACCGUGUGUGGGGAGUCUGUGCCGCGAGGCGCCACGUGGCGUUGCGUGGCGUCACGUGGCGUGCGACACAUGUGUCGGCAUCAUCCCGCACGCACCUUCGUCAUGUACCAACCAUCAUCGCAUAUUAUUAGCAUUUUACGUCACUUAGUGUAUACAACACUUUAAUUUAUUCACGUGUCGGGGAUACGGUCGGAACGUAUGUGACUACUAAAUUUAUAGACCAGUUGACGUACAUUAAAGAGUAUAAUCUCAGUGAAACGUGUCUGAUUGUAAUCAAUAGACUGUGUAUUUUGAUAACAACAUCAAAAUCUAUAAAAAAAAAAAAAACAAAGCAGUUGGUUUUAAGGACUGACAUAAAAUAACCAAGACAUAGUUCCUCAUAGUACCUACAAAUAGAAAGUUGUGAAUUUUUUCUUUAUUGUAUAUUUAAUUGUUACAGUAAGUUAGAUGUAUUCUCGAUAGACUAUAAGCGGGUCGGCUCUGUGGCGGCGGCGGCUGAAACCGAAUUACUGAUCUGACACUAGUCUGAAUGAAGCACAGAAUAUAAAUAGAUUUAAAAUGUUUUUAAAAGUUUAAUUAUAUGGCGCAUUUUAUCGUUAUUUACAAUAAAAUAGGAAACGUUCGCGUCGCCAGCGGCCACAGGGUGAUCGAUGUCCAGGAAAAACAAAAAUGCCUUUUAGUUUCGGUAGUGGGGAUUGUUUUUAUUUUUUCUGGACCGCUCGCUAUAGAAGUUGAUGUUUUAUCAAGCACAUGGUCAGCAGUAUGUACGUUCGAAGGCGUUAAAUUGUGUGCGGAAUGUGCCUUGCAAUGUACAUAUACAUUAUAGAUAAUUAGGUUUAUACUCGAAUUAGUUGCAAACCGUAUUUUUGGUGAGGAAAUAUUAUUAUGUAGGUAUAUAGCGUUGUUCUAAAUAGCGGUACGUGAGGUGUUUUCUAGUUAACAUGUUAAAGAUUCGCAGUUUAUCUCUUCCACUAGGAGUAAACGUGUACAUAAUAGUGUAUAGACGGUAGGUUUCGGCAUCAAUAUUAUUUUUUAUGGAAACGAGUUUGUUUUUUGUCUAAUAAUUGUUUAGUUCUCUUACUGGACAGUUACGAAUGCUCGAAUGUUGUACCUGCAUUUAAUUUUUUUUUAUUUGUUAAUCUUCUUGACAUAAAUAAUAAAGAUUAAUGAUUUAGUUAAUCCCAAAAAAGGAAUCGGUUCGCGUAUAACGGUGAUAUUAAACAGUCCUUUUUAGUUUUCAUAUAAGAAAAAGUCAGUAGUUAAAGGUUUAAUGGUAAGAAAUGACAGCUUUACGAAACGGUAGGCAGACCGAGGUAAUAGAGAAACAAUAUAUUAACUCUGCACAUUAUUGUGACAAGGCACAUUUCCACCACUGCCAAAAAUAGGGGGAAAAACAAAGAAUGCGAAAAAUACUAAGCUUCCACAUAGACGAUUGAAUUGUAAAUUUUAUAAAGUAAGUCAUGUUAUAGUUAUAAUUUUUAUUACUUUAUAUAUUUUGUAUAUAGUAUCCGUUUAGUCGACCAGCUAGCCGGGCCAGCGCCUGCGCACGCGCCGUUACAGAGAGUGCAGGCCUCAACAUAGAUUCCGCCUAAUAUUGAUAUUGUGAUCUGCAAUCUUUGAAGCGGUGCUUUAAAACUAAGGACCUGUGUACUUACCAGCUAUGUUUGGAUACUAUUGUAACGAGUAAAGAAGUUUUGGUUUUUGUUCCUUAAUUAUGCAUAACAAAAUCAUUUAAGGUAAUUAUUAAAUAUAAAUAAAUGCUAACGUCGUGUAUGGACAGAGCUCGGUGACCUUUGGCUAAUGUGAUUUUUAUACUUAUUCGGUGUUAUCUGGGGGUCAAUAAAAUCGUUGAUUAGAUACUGUGAUUAUGUACCUGUGCGGUACGGGGUGGUUUCCUAGGCUCUGUCUUGUUCGACUUAAAAAAAAUAA